GCUGCAGUCGGCGGAGGAGGUGACGGGCGAGGUGAGCAGGACAGAGAACUAAACACAUGGAGUGAAAACCGGAAGGGAGAAGAACGUAGAAAACAGAAUCACGGAUGCUGCUGGGCCAGGACGGCCUUGUGGAGGGUGCCGGCAGCGAAGAUGGCAUCUCUGAGAGCUUGGAGCUCCUGCAGAUUGAAGUGGACUGGGAGAGCCCAGAGAGGGAGAGCCUGCCCACAGGCGCGGCCGCCUGCUGCUCGAAAAAUGUGCAAAGAAAACAGAAACACUGGGAAAAGAUAGUUGCUGCCAAGAAGAGCAAAAGAAAGCAAGAAAAAGAGAGACGGAAAGCCAGCCAUGCCGGACACACAGCCAGCUGCCCCCAGCACAGCAAACGUUUUCUGAGAGCCUUAACCAAAGAGAGACUUUUGAAAGCUAAAGACUCUGGACCACGACUCUGCAUCGACUUGAGUAUGACGGACCACAUGUCUAAGAAGGAGCUGAGCAGACUGGCAGGACAGAUCCGCAGGCUGUACGGCUCGAAUAAAAAAGCCGACAGGCCCUUUUGGAUCUGCCUCGCAGGAUUUGCAACUGACAGCCCCCUGUAUACAGAGUGUGUGAGGAUGAAUGAUGGAUUUUCUAGUUAUGUGCUAGACCUAACAGAAGAAGACUGCUUUAGUUUAUUUCCUCUGAGCACCCUGGUGUACCUGACGCCGGACUCUGAGCAUGCUCUUGAAGAUGUUGAUCCAAACAAAGUCUACAUUCUCGGUGGGCUUGUGGAUGAAAGCGUUCAGAAGAAAGUGACAUUCCAAAAGGCCCGGGAACACUCUGUCCAGACGGCCCGCCUGCCCAUCCAGGAGUACAUGGUCCGACGCCAGAACGAGAAGAACUAUCAUUCCGAGAUACUGGCCAUCAAUCAAGUGUUUGAUAUCCUGUCCACUUACUUCGAGACUCGCAGCUGGCCAGAAGCGCUGAAGAAAGGUGUUUCUCCUGGAAAGGGUUACGUCCUUCAGAAUUCAGUGGGAUGAUAGACAGCCUUGACUGCAGUUGCCAAAAGCAGAGAGCCGCUGGUGAGAAGGGGUGCUCUCAUGGUGAGGGGAGCCUCGGGGGCCCACCCCAGCCCAGAGACCAGCUACCACACUUUCUCCCUCUCAGGGUGCUGCUGUGGAGGCCUGUGUCCAGGAGAGCAGCGUGGUGUGGUGGCAUUUGCUUGGCCUCACCAGCACCUAAAGAACUUGGGGACACUCUACCCUGCAUUUUUUUUUCUCUCCUGCUUUGGCUUUCUUCUGUGAGCAAUGGGACUCCCAUUACCUGACUACAGAGUCUUGAGCUCUAUUGGUAGUGUGGGGUGUCCUCAGCCAACGGACAUCGUCACAUAAUACCCAAAUGCGGAGGAAGGCGAACAUGUGGCCUACAUACUACACAUUAGUAUUAGGUUGAUUUUACUCUCUGUUCCAGCCUUUCCCAACCUAUCUAAUAAAGCCACAGAGGUGAAUGGGGUCUGCGGUAGCACCUGCCUUUUGCCAUUUCUGCCUGAGCAAACCAGGAGCACCAGGGCUUGGGUUUCUCCAGUGACUUCCAUGUUUAACGUUUGUCAACAGCCAUUGAGCACUUACUGUGUCCCAGAGACUAUGCCAAGGGCUUCGUGUCCUUGUGUUUUAUUAUCCCAGCAACCGCUGCAGAAGGUCUUACUGUGCUUCCUGGCAGUUUACAGGUGAGAGACUUCACUAGAAAGAGGUGGCACCUGGUGUUUGACCUUCUGUUCGGAGUCCCAGGGACAGAGGGAAAGCUACUCAGCCAGUGCCCUGG